GAUAGCAAUUGUGAGUGAAAAUAUUUGUUUAACUAAUGUUUUUUAACGAAACCAAACGUCAUCACUAUUCCAAAAAUUAAGUACGGCAUUUCAAGUUCCUGUGUUUUAGCUAAAACAGCAAAAAUGUUUACCUUAUGGACUUUGAUAGAAGCAUCUUUGUUGUGCUUGAAUGCGGUGUGUGUUUUGCAUGAAGAAAGAUUCCUUGCUAAAAUAGGUUGGGGUGGUCAGCAACAAAACACCGAGUUCGGACAACCAACAGCUAAAGCUCAGAUUUUAAACCUAGUAAGAUCCAUACGUACGGUGGCCAAAAUUCCCCUGAUUUUUCUUAAUAUUGUAGCUGUUUUAUUUAAGCUUCUAUUGGGCUAACAGACCAAAAUGUAGCAAUCAAAUAAAUAUCAUUUUUUAAAUAUA